CUGGUGUUUUGUUAUGAGGGACAAAUUUGUCUCCGUUAUCCCCACUCAUUAUUGUCUUGAUUUUGGUAUAAAUAUUGGGGAAAAAUAAGAGAAUCAUCACAGUUAGCUGAUCCAGUAUUGUCUAAUCCUACAACAAGAUGUUCAAACUUUUCGUAUUUUUGGCCCUUGUUGCCUUCGCCUUCGCCGCCCCGAAAGCUGAACCUCAGUACUUCGGAGGAUAUUAUGGCGGUUUGGGCUACCAUCAUGGUUUGGGAUAUGCAGGAUAUGGAGGAGCUUUGGGUUACGGUUACGCUUCUCCCUAUUCCUACGGACACUACGGAUACGGAUACUACUGAACAAAUCUCAGAAAUUAGUUGAUAAGCUUUACUCCUACCACUUUGUUUUACCAGUUUUUGAUUCUAUAAAUUUUAUUAUGCAUAUCUGUUAACUUCAAAUGUAAAACUGAAUAAAAAAGGUUUAAAAACA